AUGAAAGCAGCACGAUUCUACGCAGCCGGAGACAUCCGGAUCGAAGAGGUCAAUGCCCCUGAAGCGUCAGAUGAAAAGGCCCUAGUUCAAGUCGAGUGGUGUGGCAUAUGUGGGAGCGACCUCAACGAAUAUAUCCACGGACCAAUGGCAAUACCCCACGCUGGUCCACACCCCCUAACUGGUGAUAUUCUCCCCGUAACGCUUGGCCACGAGGUCUCUGGACGCAUUAUCCAAGCGCCAUCGACGUCUUCACUUUCUCCUGGUCAGGCAGUCAUUAUCGAUCCCCGAUUCUAUUGCUCAUCCUGCACGGCAUGUACUUCGUCUGUCACAAAUUGCUGCCAAUCCUUGGGCUUCCUAGGCCUCUCCGGAGGAGGGGGUGGCUUCUCUGAGAAAGUCGCCGUGCCGCCGGCUAUGCUGCAUCCGAUCCCUGAUAAUACCGACAUGGCUACAGCGACUCUUAUCGAGCCAUUGGCUGUCGCCUGGCACGGCGUGAGAUGCUCCGGUGUCCAGGACUUCAAGGGCCUACCCGUUUUAGUCGUAGGUGGUGGCCCAGUUGGUGUAGCUACAGUCUUCGUGUUGAGGGCGUGGGGCGCAGACACGAUCUACGUGUCUGAGACCGCCCGUCGCCGUAGAGAGUUUCUUCAAGACCUGGUGCAAGCCACAUUUGACCCGAUGGAGGUCAAUGUUGGCUCGCAGUGUAAGACCCUCACGAAUGGAAGUGGCGUGAGGAUGGUCUUCGACUGCGCGGGAUCCCAGCAAGGACUAGAAGCCGCAUCUGAUGGCCUCCGGUUCCAUGGUCUAUAUAUCAAUCUGGCGGUGCCGAAAUCUCCAAUCUCCCUGCCCGUUGGGUACUUUAUGUUCAAGGAAUUGACAUACAAGGCCUUCCUGGCAUACGAUAAUGCGGAUUUCAAGGCCACUGUAGCUGCAUUCGUUGAAGGCAAGUUUGCAGGAGUGGAGCGCAUGAUAACACGGCGUAUUGCGUUGGAAGACCUUGUGGACAAGGGCUUCAAAACGCUCCUCCAGAACGCGGAUGAGCAUAUCAAAAUUGUGGCGACGGCGGGAGAACUGCCACCGGUGAAAUCCACGCUUUAG